AGCCGCGACAUGGAGCCCGGCGGGCGGCGGGAGCGGCGGUGGCGGCAGCUCCAGGGGCCGCGGCAGGAGGCGGCGGAGUAUUACCGAGACCACCGAGUGCCGCAGAGGAUGGAGGAAGCGCUCAACGCCCUCUUCCCCCUGCGCCCCGCCGAUCUCUACGGGGAGCUGGCUAACUACUUUUCUAAAUUCUCAAAAGCUCCAGUAAUAUGCAAAUUAGUUGGAAGAAAAGUUCUUGAUGGAGUUGGUCAGCCAACAUUAGAAGUAGAAAUAUACUGUACAGUUAAAAACUAUGAGAAGAGGAUUUGUUCCACUGUUAUGUCUUUUCAUUCUCAAAUACCUGAAAAUGCAUUACCUGAAACAAAUGAAGCUGAUGAGAAAGAAAGAAAUGACUCUGUUAACACUGCUGUGGAAUGGGUCAGUGACUCACUGAACACAAUGUUAAGAGACUUGAAGCCCACUGACCAGUGUAAAGUUGAUGAGAUGCUUGGUGAAUACUUUACAAAACAGGCAGAAUUUAAAAAAGAAAUUGAAAAGCAAGAAGAAGCAGCAGCAGAAGUCACUCUUGCCCUUACUUCAUGUACUCCAUCAGCAACAGCACUACCUGGGGGGAAAAAAGCAGCAAAACCAGGAAGGAAGGUGUCAGCCGCAGAGAGAAUGAUCCCACCUGCAGAACCCGUUGAAUCGGUGCUUUGUGGCAGCUUGGCCAUUGGGGCAACGUCACUUGCUAUAGCUAAGGCUGGUGCCACCGUUAGCCGUAUCCCGUUGUACUUACAUAUUGCACUGCUGAAACAUGGUCAGGAUUUACCUAAAGAAAUGACUCUGCCACUCCCAAUGGUUACUCUGUUGAACUGUGAAAAAAUUCCACCUGCAAAACUGAAAUUAAUGAAAGAAGUUAUGCUUAUACCACCAGUUCAGUUAUCACUCAAACAGGGCAUAGAAAGAGUUCUGGAUAUUCAGAAAGAAAUGACGAGACUGUUGGAAUCUCCAGGCAAAGUGCAGUCCAGUCCUCGACUAGCAGACAGUAAGAAAGGCAAAGCACAUAAUACAGGGAAGAAAGCUCCGCCACGAGCCUUAAAAAGAAUAUCACACUUAGGUUGCCUAAUAACAGGAUGCGAUAAUCUAGAACAACCUCUACUCCUAAUGCAAACAGCUUGCAACAAUCUAGGUCUGGAGCUAGGAACAGACAUGUACUUAGCAAUAAAUUGUGCUGCUCACGAAUUAAUGGAUUAUGUUAAAGGAAAAUAUGAAAUACUCACUGGAAUGUUCAAAAGUCCCGAUGAAAUGGUUGACAUGUAUGUGGAACUGAUUAAUAAAUUUCCUUUUAUUAUAGCAUUAAUAGAUCCCUUAAGAAAAGAGGACAGACAGCAAUGGAAUAACAUAUGUUGUGCUCUUGGUUCCAAAUGUUACCUGAUUGCUGAAGAUGCUGCCACGUGUAUUUCCAAACUUAAAAGUGACCAAAAGAUAAACAUACCGAUGUGCAGCGGUGUUGUCCUAAAAUACAUUAACCAAACCAAGGUAUCAGACCUCAUAGAACUUACUGGACUUGUAGACGGUCAAAGACAUAUUACCAUAUUAGGAAGUCCAGAUGGAGAAUCUUCUGAUGACAGCCUUGUGGAUCUGGCCGUUGGACUGGGUGCCAGGUUUAUCAAGUUGGGAGGUCUUUCCCGCGGAGAAAGGGUGACCAAAUACAACCGCCUUCUUGCUAUAGAGGAAGAACUGGCCAAGAAUAGAACGCUACGUGAAGCAAAUCUUGAAUUUAUUGCUUUUGAUGAAGAAUCACAGCCAGAAAAACAACUUUCUGAGGUACUUCCUCCCCCAACGCAGGAUUCGUUGCCUCCACAGCUCUCUCAGCGCCCAGAGAACAGCACACUGACCUAGCUUGUCAACAUCAACUUUUAGAUAAAUUUAUAUUAAAAAAAAAUUCUGGUAAUAAACUCAAAUAUUAACUAUCCCUUAAUCCAUUUAUUUUCAAGCCCUUUAGCUAAACAUUUUUAAAAGCACUCAGAUCCUAGCUUCUCUUGUCCCAGGAGACCAUUGCUUUCAGCUGAAACCAAGUUAACUGAGCAGUGGCGAGAGUCUGAAAAUACCGCAAAAUUCUGUGCUGUGUUUACAAACUGACAAAACAAAUACCUCUGUGUUAAGUCCAAAGCUAAAUGUUUGUUUGGGGAAAGUCGAAGUCUCUCUCCAUACAAAGAGCAAGCUAUUGACAAACACUAAAAAAAAAACAAACCCAUUUUACAAAAAACAAAGGCCUUGACUGUUACGCCGCUCCAUCCCCCCCCACCCCUUCAAUGCUGCUCUUGGAUCCGGCCGAUGAGGGCGGUUUUGCUCCAGUUCUAGCUCUCAAUGCGAGCGCACCCGCGCAAACCCCAAAUGUAGGGCACGAGGCUGCAGCGGGCACCACACGGCAGCUUGCUUCAGUCACGGCAGGGAAUAACACGUCGGCUUUCCCAAGGGCUGGGAAACUGCUCAGGAGUCUCUUUAAUAAGCACCAAUGAAGAGAUAAAGAAAUAAUUUACGUCCUAGGUAACAAACAGUUUUAAGUAAAAGAAAUACUUCUUAAAAAAAAACCAAACUGGGGUGUUUUGUCUCAGUUGAGAAUUUGAACGUAUAAUGCAGCAGCGGUAAUUUGAGGAAAAAUACAUACAUAAAAUGUUGAGUUUUAAAUUCAGUGUAACAGAUACUUCUGUGAAAAAUUAACCACCAGAACUAACCG